CGGCAGAGGAGGACGCGCGGCGUUUUUCUAGAUGACAGAACUAACGUAAACAUACGUCAUUCCCUUUAACACAGUAGCAUACAGUCAUUACUGCUCUCGGGAAACCCGGAGAAGAAGAAUGACUGAUGAAGGAGUGCUAAUCUCACAGUCGGUUCUCGAGGAUCCCGGAGAAAGAGCAAAAACUGAAGACAUCAGGAUGGAUUGUACGGGUGGUGAAGAUGAAUUGUCUUUGGAGGAGAUUUUAACAUUGUACAGUCAACCGAUUAAUGAGGAGCAGGCAUGGGCCGUGUGUUAUCAGUGCUGCAGGUGGUUAACUCAGAAGCAGAGGCGGAAAGAGAGAGGUGUGAGUCCACCUGCGCGCAUCGCGGGGCCUGAAGAUGUGAGGAUCCGAAAGGACGGGACUGUUAAACUGUAUCAACAGAGCAGUCCAGAUAAACCCAUUCCACCCAGUACAUCAAUAGAGAUCAUCGAGUCUCUGGGUAUAAUGAUUUAUAAGGCUCUGGAUUAUGGACUGAAGGAGAAUGAGGAAAGAGAACUCAGCCCUCCUCUGGAGCAGCUCAUCGACCUCAUGACAAAUAUGGCAGACAUGGAGUCAGAUCCCUGUCCUGAUGAGGGCUACGAGGCUACAGAAGAGGAGGAUGAGGGAGAGGAAGAACCUGCAGAAGUCUCCAAUAUUCGAGGCUACCGUGACAUAAUAUUGCUUUGUACGUCUCACCUCCCCAGCCCAUCAGAUGCUCCCAACCACUAUCAGGCUGUUUGCCGAGCCUUGUACACAGAGACUAAGGAGCUCCGCACCUUCCUGGAGAAGAUCAAGAAUGCCAAAGAGAAUUUGCGGCGAAUGGAAGGAGAAACUCGAGAAGAACCUGUCAGAGAUCUGGAUGAGCUGCAGAAUGCUGACUGGGCACGGUUUUGGGUGCAGGUGAUGAGGGACCUGAGAGACGGUGUGAAACUGAAAAAGGUUCAGGAGCGUCAGUACAACCCUCUGGCCAUCGAAUUCCAGCUCACGCCUUACGAGAUGCUCAUGGACGACAUCCGCUCCAAACGCUACAAACUGCGCAAAGUCAUGGUGAAUGGUGGUAUUCCUCCGAGGUUAAAGAAGAGUGCUCACGAGAUCAUACUAGAGUUCAUUCGAUCCAGACCUCCACUGAAUCCUGUUUCUGCUCGUAAGCUGAAGCCUCAUCCUCCAAGACCUCCAAGUCUUCAUGAGCGAAUCCUGGAAGAGAUCAGGUCAGAGAGGAAGCUCAGACCUGUUUCACCUGAUAUGCUCCGUAGGAGCCGGCUCGGUGCAGGCAAAAGCAUGAGCACUCCACAGGACUUGUUCCGAAGCUCUGACUUCCCUGAUGGACCCCGAAAGUUGGCCGUCAGCACGCUGUCUCUGGCCAAUGGCAUGUCCCCAGCUCAAAGCCCCAUAAACGGUGUGGCCGGAAGGCAACCACUUUCCCAGAGAAAGAGAUUGCUCAAGGCACCAAUGCUGGCCGAACUGGAUAGCUCUGAUUCUGAUGAGGACACAACCACUCGGAAGUCAGACAGCAGUUCCAGCAUAUCCACCUCAAUGGUGGGGGACACGUCUCCAGAGUCCAUCAUGGGCAAAAAGAGUACGAAAUCUCCCCCUCGGUUCCUGCCCAUAUCCUCUACACCUCAACCUGACAAGCGUAUCGCCCCACAGAGGAGACAUUCCAUAGAGAAGGAAGCUCCCACCAGUGUACGGUCUUUCCAUCCUCCAUCUCGCCAGAACUCCAAAUCUCUGCUGCUUUCCAACAACAAGGAGGAAUUCUGUUACCCUGUCGAGUGUCUUACUCUGACUGUAGAGGAAGUGAUGCACAUCAGACAGGUUCUGGUUAAAGCAGAGCUGGAGAAAUUCCAGCAGUAUAAAGAUGUCUAUCAUGCGCUCAAGAAAGGAAAGCUUUGCUUCUCAUGUCGGACGAAGAGGUUCUCCCUUUUCACUUGGUCCUACACCUGUCAGUUCUGUAAGAGGCCUGUUUGUUCACAAUGUUGUAAGAAGAUGAAGAUACCCUCCAAGCCCCAUGCCAGCCUUCCCAUCUCCUCUCUGGGCCCCAGCAUUUUUCCCAAAAAGGAUUCAGGAGCAUCAGCUAAAACAGAGAAGACCUCCUCUACAUCCGGCCACAACCGUAACAGUCUUCAGCGUUCCAUGUCCAGACUAUCUAAGCACGGUGAGCGCUCAUCCUCCAAAGAGGAGCUGGAGCUGCCUGAGCAGUUCACCGAGGACUGGAGCACUGUGGAGGUCUGCGUGGACUGCAAGAAAUUCAUUAACGACAUCAUCAGCAACAGCAGGCGCAACAUGUCCACCAAACAUGCCCGUCUGCAUCGCAGGACCCAUUCCGCCUACAUGUCGUCCACCAGUUCUUCCAACUACAAGCCAUCCGAACGGACUAUCAAAGAAGUUUAGGACGAUUCUGCCUGCCUCUCAAUCCCGCACUCAAUGGCAGCCGUCUUUUCAGAUCCUUAGUGCUUGGAACUCUAUUGGUGUGGUCCUCCUAUCAACAUGGCCCUGUUUAUACUGUUAUCACCUGUCUCAAAUGCUUGAGUCCUGGUGCCCAUAAAAAUCAACUGAAAGUGCCAGACAGAAAAAGGGGCGUUACGAAUGACAGUAUGACCACUCUGUUCACUUUGUAAUAUACCUUUAAUACCUCUCCUCUUCUCUUCCUUUUAUAAAGUGCCAGAGGUGAAGGAAUAAAGCUGUCCCUCUUCUAGCAUGAGCCCUUAAGCAACAGCUUCCUCAGGAAAUAUAGGCUUCAUCUGUAAAUAAAGCUUUGGAAUGUAGUACUAGCUUUCUCCAUGGCAAUGAUGUGAUUAACACUGAAUUAAAUAAAAAAAUUAAAAAAAAAAGAAAGAAAAAAGAGGGUAAGGAGAGAGCUGUUUAGAGAUUAAUUGGUAAAGAAAGAAAAGAAAGGCUGCUUUCUGCACUACAAGGCCUGAAUGUACAUUUUUCAACAUAGAAAACUUGAACUCUGCAGUUGUAUGUAAAUAGUAAGCUGAAUGAUCAGCCUAAAUGUUAUAGGUGUAAAUAGGCAUCCACUUCUGGGUUAUUUUCUCCUAUUAAGAAGAGCUUGUCGAUCGCUGGAAGAGAAAAGAUACACUGUAAUUAACGCCUACAAUUCAAGAUGAAGUCUUUCCAAAUGUUUUUCAUAUUGUUUGUUAAAGUGGCUGCUGUGACAGUGGCAUGGUCCAAAUGAAUAAAGUUUUAGAUAAUUACAAAGAGUACUUACAGAUAUAUAUUUUUGUCGGUCUCAUGAAUGUUUUUGAGAUUUUAGUUCAAGACAAAGGUUUUUUAGAGAGCAGAUGCUGAAAGCUGUAAUGUUUCUUGAAGUAUGGAUAAUCUGUGCCAAAACUGAUCUCUACACUCUGAGCAAUAUGUACCUUUGGUCUGAUUUACAGUUGAAGUCAGAAGUUUACAUACACCUUAGCCAAAUACAUUUAAACUCAGUUUUUCACAAUUAAUGACAUUUAAUUGUAGAAAACAUUCCCUGUCUUAGGUCAGUUAGUUAAGCAUGUGAAAUGUCAUAAUAAUAGUAUAGAGAUUUAUUUAUUUCAGCUUUUAUUUCUUUCAUCACAUUCCCAGUGGGUCAGAAGUUUACAUACACUUUGUUAGUAUUUAUUGCCUUUAAAUUGUUUAACUUGGCUCAAACGUUUUGGGUAGCCUUCCACGAGCUUCUCACAAUAAGUUGCUGGAAUUUUGGCCCAUUCUUCCUGACAGAACUGGUGUAACCGAGUCAGGUUUGUAGUCCUCCUUGCUCGCACACGCUUUUUCAUUUCUGCCCACAAAUGAGGUCAGGGCUUUGUGAUGGCCACUCCAAUACCUUGACUUUGUUGUCCUUAAGCCAUUUUGCCACACAUUUGAAGGAAUGUUUGGGGUCAUUGUUCAUUUGGAAGACCCAUUUAUGAACGAGCUUCAACUUCCUGGCUGAUGUCUUGAGAUUUUACUUCCUCAUGAUGCCAUCUAUUUUGUGAAGUGCACCAGUCCAUCCUGCAGCAAAGCACCCCCACAACAUGAUGCUGCCAACCCCAUGCUUCUCAUUUGGGAUGGUGUUCUUUGGCUUGCAAGAUUCAUCCUUUUUCCUCCAAACAUAAUGAUUGUCAUUAUGGAAAAACAGUAAAAAAAAAAGAAAUUCAUUAGACCAGAAGUCAUUUCUACAAAAAAAGUAAGAUCUUUGUCCCCAUGUUCUCUUGCAAACUGUAUUCUGGCUUUUUUAUGGUGGUUUUGGAGCCUCUCAGGUUAUGACGAUGUAGGGCUCUUUUUACUGUGGAUAUAGAUACUUAUCUACCUGUUUCCUCCAGCAUCUUCUCAAGAUCCUUUGCUGUUGUUCUGGGAUUGAUUUGCACUUUUUGCACCAAACUACAUUUAUCUCUAGGAGACAGAAUGCAUCUACUUCCUGAGCGGUAUGAUGGCUGCAUGGUCCAGUAGUGUUUAUACUUGCGGACUAUUAUUUGUAUAGAUGAACGUGGGACCUUGAGGCAUUUGGAAAUUGCUCCCAAGGAUGAACCAGAUUUGUGGAGGUCCACAAUUAUUCUUCUGAGGUCUUGGCUGAUUUAUUUUGAUUUAUUUCUCCCAUGAUGUCAAGCAAGUAUGCACUGCAUUUGAACGUAGGCCUUAAAAUACAUCCACAGGCACACCUCCAAUUCAGUACACCUCCUAUUAAAAGCUAAUUGUCUAAAGGCUUGACAUUAUUUUCUGGAAUGUUCCAAGCUGCUUAAAGGCACAGUUUACUUGGUGUAUGUAAAUUUCUGACCCACUGGAAUUGUGAUAUAAUCAAUUAAAAGUGAAACAAUCUGUCUGUAAACAAUUGUUGGAAAAAUUACUUGUGUCAUGCACAAAGUAGAUGUCCUAAACGACUUGCCAAAACCAUAGUUUGCUAAAAGUAAAUCUGUGGAGUUGUUAAAAAGCAAGUUUUAAUGACUUCAACCUAAAUGUUUGUAAAAUUCUGACUUCAACUGUACAUAGUCAGUAACACUUACUGGAGGUGGGGGAUCCAAUUCUCCCUCCCAGAAAGAAGCUAACUUUUGUAGGAUAGAUUUAUGUACAUGUUUUAUAUCCUAUAUUAUAAUAAAAUCUGCUUUAUUGUUAUGAUUUAUAUUAAUGUGAAUUGUUAUUUUAUUUUUUUGUGUCUUUUUUGCAAGUAUUGCUCUCCAUGUUAAUUUUGCCACUUUCACUCAACCAUAAAAUUGUCUUUAAACAUUGUAAAUUAAGUUAAUAUCUAAUUAAUUACCCAUUACUAGUGCAAUGAAACAUCAGUACUCCCCAAGCAGAAUUGAACAACUCUUACUGUGAAGCUACAGAAGUCAUGUCAGGGUUUGAUUAUUUCUAUAUAUAUUUUUUUUUUUACCUCUGUUAAGAACAAAACACACAUACCUAUAGAAAUAAAGACCUGUUGACUUGUUCUUCUCAUUUGUGCAAAACUGACUGUUCUGCCUUUAGAUAAAGUAUGAUUGAUGUGUGCACAAUUAAAUCUAUUAUUUUUUUUUAAA